CCCAGCACCUUGGUGUGUGUGUGUGUUUGUGCUCAUGAUUCCAAGUCCCUAAUGAAAAUGCCCCGUUGCUCAAACGUUGGAUAAUUUGACCCAUUGUGAGCGGCUGUUCCUUUUUAGGAGAAAGGACGGCGGCAGGAAUGUUGAAAGUUUGCGUCAGUGUUGUUUUGGGUGGAUGGGAAAUGACGUUUGUAGAUGUUCUGGAAAGAGCUAGGGCUUUUUUUUUUAACCAGGCGGAAUGGGUUUUUAUAUAAAGUCAGCUGCAGUCUAGGGAGAGAGAGAGAGAGCUGUUUUGAGAGCGGUCGGUCACUGCCAGGAGAGAGGUCUGCUUUAAUUAUCCACCCAGCAGAGGCUUUUUCGCCUGCUUUUCUGAAGGGCAGCCCCGCAGUCUUUUUUAUUUUUUAAUUUGUUUUCGCGUUUUGCACUGUACGAUGGGCAAGGAUUAUUACAGCAUCCUGGGCUUGCAAAGGGGGGCUUCCGAAGACGAGGUCAAGAAGGCUUAUCGCAAGCAAGCCCUGAAAUGGCAUCCGGAUAAGAACAAGUCGCCCACCGCCGAGGACAGAUUCAAGGAGGUGGCCGAAGCCUACGAGGUCUUGAGCGACUCUAAGAAGAGGGAAAUCUACGACCAAUUCGGGGAAGAAGGUCUGAAAGGAGGAAUUGGUGGGAACGAUGAUCAGGGCGGGACGUUCCGUUACACGUUCCACGGAGACCCCCACGCCACAUUUGCCGCCUUCUUCAACGGCGCCAACCCCUUCGAGAUGUUCUUCGGGAGGAGGAUGGCAAACGGCCAGCCCGAAGAGUCCAUGGACGUGGACUCGGACAUCUUCGGCCACUUUGGGGGAUUCAGCAUGAACGGCUUCCCCAGGGAGCGGCACAGGGGAGGGAUGAUGGGGCCGAUGCAACGUAAGCAGGACCCCCCCAUCAUCCACGACCUCAAGGUGUCCCUGGAGGAGAUCUUCAACGGCUCGAACAAGAGGAUGAAGAUUUCCAGGAAACGCCUCAACCCCGACGGCAGGACCGUCCGGAUGGAGGACAAAAUACUGACCAUCGAGAUUAAAAAGGGCUGGAAGGAGGGAACUCGGAUCACAUUCCCAAAGGAAGGCGACGAAAUGCCCAACACUAUACCGGCAGAUGUGGUUUUUGUACUGAAGGAUAAGCCUCAUCCCCACUUCAAGAGGGAUGGAUCAAAUAUUGUCUACCAUGCUCGUGUCAACCUACGGGAGGCCCUGUGCGGUUGUACAAUUCACGUUCCCACAAUGGAAGGCAGGUCCAUCUCGAUAACGACCCAGGAGGUGAUUAAGCCGGGCGCGAGGAAGAGAAUAAGCGGCAGGGGAGUGCCGUUCUCAAAAAACCCCCACCAGCGGGGUGACCUGAUCGUGGAAUAUGAGGUCAGCUUCCCAGACUUCCUGAGCACGUCUUCCAAAGAGGGCUUGAAGCGACACUUACCCAUGUCAUAGACGUGAGGGUGGACACAGCAGGCUGGAGUAACUCGGCGGGACAGGCAGCAUCUCUGGAGAGACGUUUCUGGUUGAGACCCUUGAGAGAUGCUGCCUGACCCGCUGAGUUACUCCAGCUUUUUGUGUCUAUCUUCCCCUUGAACCAGCAUCUGCAGUUCCUUUCUUGCUCAUAGAUGUGAGGACGGGUUCCAGCACACAGUGGAACCUCACACUCUUGUACAUAGCGACACAACUGCUUUGAAGUACUGAGCCUGCACGCCCUGGGAAGAAGCAGCAAGGACUGUUUUCGAGAGUUUUCCCCAACUGCAAUAACUUGUUGUCAUGGUGCUUCAGGCAAGCUUUUCACUGUGUUCCGUCUGAUGCAAGCGUGGACGUUUUUGUACGUUUUAAAUUGUUUAUUUGGAUAUGAACGCUGGCUGACUUGAGAGACUAAACCCUUGAAAGAAUGGCAGCGCAGGAUGGUGCAGUGGCGUGGCUGCUAGCGACAGAGACCUAGGUUCGAUCCUUAUCUUGGGUGCUGCCAGCGUGGAGUUUACAUGUUCUCCCUGCGACCGCGUGGGUUUCCUCUGGGUGCGCCCACAUCCUACAAAUGUGCGGGUUUGUAGGCCAAUUGGGCUUCUGUAAAACUGACCCCCAGUGUGUAGGGGAGUGGAUGAGAAAGUGGGAUGACAUAGAACUAGUGUGAAUGGAUGAUCAACGGUCAGCAUGGACUUGGUGGGCCGAAGGGCCUGUUUCCAUGCUGUAUCUAUACUAUAAAUUCACAACGGGUUGGUCUUUUCAAGCUCUGCACAAGCUUGAGAUAAUUUAAAACUAUGUGGAUGAACCUUUUAAUGCAUGUGUUCAUAUGCCCAUGAACCAAGUCUCUUUCACACUCAUCUUUGCUUUGACUUGUACUGGCUCCAGUUUAACAAUUCCUGAUUUUUUUGUUUUCAGUUCUCUCCAUUAUCUGUUACUUGCGAUCUGUUACAUACCCAUCAUGCUGCUCUAUUUCAGGCUUUUUGCUCAUCCCCUGUUACUUUCCCAAUCAUUGUCAAUUGCUGGCCCUUGUGCCAAACCUAUAAAGCCCAGGAUUACAUCUUAAAGUCUCCCUGCCCAUCAUCGUUCCUCCUUUAAGACUCUUCCCACAUCCCACGAUCAGUCAUGUGGGGAGGAAAGACAUUCUUGUCCUAAUCUGAGGAAAGACAUUCUUGCCAUAGAGGGAGUACAGAGAAGGUUCACCAGACUGAUUCCUGGGAUGGCAGGACUUUCAUAUGAAG